AUGACAGGGCUUGGGGUCCUCACACUGCUGCUGUCUGUCCUGCUGGGCUGGGCCAGCUGCCACCCUGUCCCCGGGAGGAAGAACUUCAACAAGCUGCUGCUGAUCUCCUUCGAUGGCUUCCGCUGGAACUAUGACCAGGAUGUGGACACCCCCAAUAUGGACCGUCUGGCCUGGGAGGGCGUGAAGGCCAAGUACCUCACGCCACCCUUUGUGACCAUGACCUCCCCAUCCCAUUUCACCACCAUCUCUGGUCGCUGGAUUGAAGAUCACGGAGUCAUUCACAACAUGAUGUUUAAUACAGAGACACAAUGGAAGUACUCCUUCAAAACUACACAGAACAAGACUGAGUGGUGGGACAAUGGUGUUCUCCCCCUCUGGAUCACAGCCCAGAGACAGGGGAGGAAGACAGCAUCAUUCCACUAUCCUGGAGGAGGUGCGAAGUACAAAGGAGAGGCUGUCCAGCGGUCCCUGGUAGAGUCUUACACUCACCCAGACAGCAAUGAGACAGAGUGGAGGGAGAACAUUGACAUUGUCAUGAACUGGUUCACUAAGGAAGAUUUUGACUUUGUAACUCUGUACUAUGGAGAGCCAGAUAAUGUGGGACACAAAUUCGGGCCUGAGACAGAGAACAGAAGGGUGAUUAUUCAGCAAAUCGACAGAACCAUCGGGUACCUGGUGGAAGCCAUUGAGAGGCACAGCUUGACCAAGAACCUCAAUGUCAUCAUCACAUCAGACCACGGCAUGACCACAGUGAAAAAGGAGCCCAACGUCACUGAGAUCCUCUUGACCAACUACAUUAAGUUCAGGGACUUAGUCAAGUUUGACAUUGUGGAUUAUGGUGGCUUUGGGAUGCUCCUGCCCAAACCAGGGCAAGAGGAAGCCGUUUACCAAGCGCUGAAGAAUGCACACCCUCAUCUCAAUGUGUACAAGAAGGAGGAAUUCCCAGAACGCUUCCAUUUUGCUAAACACCAGCGGGUCCUGCCAAUCGUGAUGUAUGCUGACUCUGGUUAUAACAUCAAUGGGCGACUUAUAAUAUAUUUCAACAAGGGAGAUCAUGGCUUUGAUAAUGUCCACAUGGACAUGAAGACCAUAUUCAGAGCUUUUGGGCCAGAUUUCAAGAAGAAUCACGUAGCUGAGCCUUUUGACAGCAUCCACAUCUACCCACUCAUGUGUAAGCUUCUGGGCGUUACCCCUGAACCCCACAAUGGCUCCCUGGCCAUCACCCAGGAAAUGCUUGUGGACUCAUAUGACCAGCAGCCAGAUACAGAAAAGCAGCCUUCAUUCAACAACUCAGUCCUUGCUGGUGCCUGA